GUCGACGAACAACUUUGGCAUCGAGCAGUGGACACACAGCGGCAACGUGGAUUAUUUUAGACUUAACGGACAAGUGAGCUGUGUGUGUCUGUGUGUGCGUCUCUGUAUCUGUGUGCGUUCAGCGGCAAUGUGCAAAAAUAAUUUUAUCUAUAGGUUUUGUAUAUUUAAAUUGAAUAUAUAAAAUACAAAGCAGCACACACCGAAACACACACACACACAGAGAAACACAUAGAAAAAGAGAGAGAGCGAGGGGCAGAGAGAGAGCUUGAGCUUCUAACGGAAAUACGUAAAAGCCAAAAACAAACAACAAAAAAACUGUCGGAGAGUGCAUCCGUGUGCGUGCGCUGAGCUGAGCAGCUGCCGCCGUCGCUGUUAGAAAGUGUAGCGCCAAAGAGUGACAUCAUAGAGACGACGGCGAAGGAGGAGGCAAGAGCAAUUAGCAGUUGCGCUUCUUGUCAUUUUUGUUAUUCCCAUUCUUCUAACAGCUAAUAAGCCAUUAGUAAAAAAAAAGGAGUAGAAAAAUCAAAAAAUAAAAGCCGCAGUUAGUUGCGAUAUAUCGCACAUUCGCAUCAAAAAUCGACAUCGAAACGGGACAGGAGACAAUAACAACAAACAACAACAAACAACACUUUCAAGGUGAACCUGCCUUGCCUGCCUGGCGAACAACAACGACAACAACAGCAACGACAACAACAGCAGCAGCAGCAACGGCUGCAAAACAACUCAAACUUAUUUCGAAAUUAGUCGCUUCGAGACGCGUCGAGCAGAACGGCAGAGAAAAAGAGUGACAGGACUUGCGGCUUGUGGCAGAAAACAUGAAGCCAACUGUGAUAGCAGCUAAUCAGACAUCCGCCGGCGGUGGUGGUGGCAAUGGCAACGGCAAUGCCACCGCACCAAGUUCGGCCGGCAUAAGUAUACCCCUCAAUCGAGAUUAUGUUGGCGUGAGCAAUUCGCCACAACAGCAGCAACAUCCGCAGCAUGGCCAGCAUUACGCACAGCAGUCGCCAUCACAGUUCUACAGCAAUUACGGAUCGCCGCGACAACAGCAGCAGCAUCAUCAGCAGCCACAGCAGCAGCAGAUUCCCCCAACAAAUCAGCAGCAGCAACAUUUUCAGCCGCCCUUUGGAUUUGAAGCCGAUAUGGACAUGGAUAUGGAUAAUAUGUUUCCACGCUCCCGUUUAGGGCGAUUGCAUAACGAUCAUUUUGGAACAUUUGGCGGCGCACGUAAGCGGAAUAGUUUGCACGAUCCCCAUACCCAAAUCCAUCCCACGGCACACUCAAUGCAUCCUGACGAAGACUUUUCUCAUUAUUUCGAUGAUGCUGCAGACUUUGGAUUCCCACAAUUCUCGACGAUGGGGCGACGCGGACGUGCCGCCGGCGGCGGCGCCAAUAGCCACAUGGAGCCCGACGAUGAUUUCUUCAAUCGACUGCCAUCGGAGUUCCGUCAGUACAUACCAGAGAGCUUUGGCGCUCGACGAACGGGUGGCGGUGCACCAGCCCAAUUCCGUCCCCCGCAGCAACAGCAAUACUAUCAGCAGCAACCGCAACAGCAGCAACCACAACAACCACAGCAACAGCAGCAGCAACCUCAGGUGCAGGUGCAGGUGCCACAAUCGCCCUCGAAGCGUCUGUGCGAUGCGGCCAUCCAAACGGAGGAUCCCAUCGGUCGCUCGGAGGUCGAUUGUGCACCUCAAUCGGUCAAUCUGAAUCAGCAUGGAUUGCGCAACACGAUGGACAUGGGCGUGAAGAGUGCCGCCGAACAGGAGCAAGCAUUGCGUUCACAUUCGGCGCCACCCAACGAGCAACUGCAGCUGAACCAACAAUACCAGCAGCAACCGCAACAGCAACCGCAACCGCAACAGCAGCAAUUUGGCACACAGACUACGCCGCCAGUGCAGGCAAACUAUGGACCUGGUCAGCAGCAGCAGCCUCCACUGCAAUUCCAUAAGAGCUACUAUGCACCGCAGCAGCAAUCGCAUCCCCAGCAACAGCAACAGAAGCAGCAGACACCGCCGCCACCGCAGACACCCGGCGGCAGCACUAUACGCACCAUACCGAUCUUUGUUGAGGGUCGCUCGGAGCCGAUCAUCAAUGCGCAUAAGGAAAUACCAAAUCAAAAUGCGCCACAAGCCUCUGCCUCGGCUCAGGCAUCGGCAUCGGCACAGGCAUAUUAUGCGCCUCCGCAGCAACAGCAGCAUCCUCAACAACAACAACAACGUCCUGGUCCAAUUAAUACUCAACAGGCGCAAACAGCCGAUCAACAAAUGCCAGCGGAUGCUGGUGUGGGCAUGCCACCACAGACGCCACACACGGUGGACUCGAUCAAGAAGAUACAGGAUAUACAGCGGGAUGUGCUCGAUUUGAUGGCCAAGGUGGAGCAAUUUAAGGGCACGCGCGCGGACAAGGAGUACGCCUAUCUGGACGAGAUGCUGACACGCAAUCUACUCAAGCUGGACACCAUCGAUACAAAUGGCAAGGACAGCAUUCGACUAGCACGCAAGGAAGCCAUCAAAUGCAUACAGGCAUCCGUCAAUGUGCUGGACGCCAAGGCCGAGGAGAAUGGACGGACAGCCGCUGGCGCUGGAACUGGAGCAGAUGUGGUGCUCGCUCCACAGACGGCGGAGCCGUCGCUUGCCGAUGAGGCCGAAUCGGCUGCAGUCGCUGAGCCAGCAACGCCACAGCCAUUGGAUGCGACCAAGAUUCAAGAGCCGAUCCCAUUGCCACCGCCACCGAGUGCCGCUGCCGCCGCCGCCACAGAGGGUGGCGCUGCUGACAGUGCGACAGAAUUGCCGCAAGAGACGGCAUCAAGUGCACCAACGGCCACCACGACCACCACCAACGAGACCACAACGCUGACCCAGUCGUCUGAAUGAUGAACGCAUCGCCUUUACAAGGCGACCGUUUCGAAGCAGCUACACAAAUUAACCAAAAUCAACUGAAUUAUUCGCGUGGGUGGGCAACAAAAGAAAAAAGAAACAAACAAACAACAGACUAAAAAUGUUUUCAAUGUUUUUUUCUUUUGUAUCGACGAUAGGCAAAGAGUCAACUUUGGAUUAAAGAAUUGUAUUGUUAGCAGUCAAACGCUUUGCUACUAUUUGGUACACAAAUGCAUACACAUACAUAUAUAUAUGUAUAUAUAUAUAUUAAUAUAAUCUCAUCUCACACACGUACACACUCGCGAUGCCUACACAUUAACACACACACACACACACAUACAUCAGAGUUGAGCUUGUAUGUGUGUUGACUAGGCUAAGUUUAAAUUUGAUAUAAAUGACAAAGUAGCGUUUGAAAAUUGUA